AUGACAAUAGUAGAACUUGUUCGUUACCUGGAAGACAAUGACAACGCAACGUGGUCCUAUGCUGGAUUUCUGACACUCCAUCGUGAUAUUCUCCUUAAGUCACCGCCUUAUUUGGACAAAUGGUUUCAUCUCGACGGUCGCUGGGCCAGUCGUUUUUUAUACGAAGUAAAAGAACUGAAUCCAAGAGCAUUGGCUCUCUUCCCAGCCACUACCAUCGCGACAUCAUCUUUACUUGAAAUUCCAGCUAUAUUCCUAGAAGUUACUUCAUACAAGCAUAGAUUUGAUUUCGUUUAUUUCACAAAAAAGAUAUUAGCAAAUCAAACACAUCUAAAUGUAAGUAUGGACUUGCUGGGUAUCGCUGGAAAACAAAAUUUUCAAAAAAUGACCUCUAGGGGUUGUCUAAAGACCUUCAGUGAAACCAAUGAACUACAGAUGUCAUAUACAUAA